AUGUCAGCUCCUAUUGUGGACUCACACAUCCAUCUAUUCCCAGCAUCUCACUUGCCAACGCUCACGUGGUACGAACCUGGCAAUCCGCUUGGGGCUCAGCACAGUGUCGACGAAUAUCGACGCGCAUCUUCUGCCAUCUCCACGAGAAGUGAUACGACCGAUCGCAAGUUCUUACGGGGAUUCAUCUUCCUCGAGACAGACCGUCUGUCAUCCGUCAAAAACAAUGGUCCACAUAGCCCUGGAUGGCAGCAUGCUCUGGAUGAAGUGUCUUUCCUGACACGCAUUGCGCUGGGGGAACCCGUACUAGGAGAGGGACACGAUGCCACUCAAAAAGAUCUUUGUCUAGGAAUUAUACCUUGGGCGCCAGUACCGGGGGGACCCAAAGCCCUUGCCUCCUACAUGGCUCAAGCCAAGGAGCGGACCAAGACGGAGUCUGUGUGGCAUAAGGUCCGCGGCGUCAGGUACCUGGUCCAGGAUAAGCCGUCGGGUGUGAUGCUUCAGCCUUUGUUCGUAGAGGGAUUGCGUUGGCUAGGUCAGCAAGGCUUCACUUUUGAUCUUGGAGUGGAUGCUCGACAAGGUGGACUGCACCAGUUGCGUGAAGCGGUGGAAAUGAUGAAGCAGUUGGGUGAUCAACGCCCAGUGACGAUCAUUAUCAAUCAUAUGUGCAAGCCCAAUCUCCGUAUAGCACCUCAGGAUGUCUCAUCGCAUCCUGAAUUUUUGGAAUGGAGCAAACUGAUCAGGCAGAUGGCCGAGGUAAGCCCGACGACAUACAUGAAGCUUUCGGGCGCUUUUUCGGAGCUGCCGCCACUACCAGUCAACAACGACCCUGAUAUUGAUGAUCUCGUCGAGCGGGUACAACCCUGGACUGAUGUUGUGUUCGAUUCCUUUGGACCAGAGCGUAUCAUGUUUGGCUCGGAUUGGCCCGUGUGCAACAUCGGAGGUGGCGGAAAUGCUGUUUCAUGGACCCGAUGGACUCAAGUGGUGGAAGGUAUCAUGAAGAGAAGAGGACUGUCCCAGACACAGAAGGAAGGAGUCUGGGGCGGUGUUGCGGUGAAGGCAUACGGUCUCAACUCCUCAUUUUGCAACACCUCUCGGCAAAUUGUCCAUUCAAUCUCGCAGAGAUUGUAG